UUGAGCGGGCGCAUUUACGCAAGCAAAAGGGGGGGGGGAGAGUUAUGGUUACUACACACCCGCUGAGCGUGAUGGUUUGUUUCUGGGGGCGCACGAAUAUGUAAAAAGAAAAAGAAAAAAAGGUUCUGUAGUGGGGCUGUGACUGCAAAACAGCUGAGGAGGAGGAUCCAGGCAGAUAGAAAUAAGAAUAUAUUUUUGCUUAAAAAGGAAGCCAUGGCUCCUCUAAAGAAAGGUGACUUAAACGAGGAGGAAAAAGAACUGCUGGAAGUGCUUGGGAAAGGAAAUACUGAAGAAGCUGCAAGGCUACUAGGCAACAAGAAUGUUCGUGUUAAUUGUUUGGAUGAGCAUGGUAUGACCCCUCUGAUGCAUGCAGCAUACAAAGGGAAGGUUGACAUGUGCAAAUUGUUGUUGCGACACGGUGCUGAUGUAAACUGCAAUGAACAUGAGCAGGGAUAUACUGCCUUGAUGUUUGCUGGGCUUUCAGGCAACAAAGAAAUUACCUGGAUGAUGCUAGAGGCUGGAGCAGACACAGGUGUUGUCAACUCUGUGGGAAGGACUGCUGCUCAGAUGGCUGCCUUUGUAGGUCAGCAUGAUUGUGUAACUGUUAUCAACAACUUCUUUUCUCGAGAAAGGCUAGACUACUACACAAAACCACAGGGACUAGAUAAAGAACCAAAACUUCCAGUUAAGUUAGCUGGGCCUCUGCAUAAGAUCAUCACAACUACAAAUUUGCAUCCAGUCAAGAUAGUGUUGCUAGUGAAAGAGAAUCCUCUCCUGACAGACGUUGAAGCACUGCAAAAAUGCUACUAUGUAUUGGACCUCAUUUGUGAGAAGUGCAUGAAGCAGAGAGAUAUGAACGAAGUACUGGCAAUGAAAAUGCACUACAUCAGCUGUAUUUUCCAGAAAUGCAUCCUUUCCCUUAAGGAACGUGAAGAUAAACUGGAUGGAUUAAUCAAAAGCCUACUAAAAGGCAGAGAUAAAGAUGGUUUUCCAGUAUAUCAAGAGAAACUCAUCAGAGAGUGCAUUCGAAAAUUUCCUUACUGUGAAGCUACAUUGCUCCAGCAGCUUGUGAGAAGCAUUGCUCCAGUUGAAAUUGGCUCUGACCCUACAGCUUUCUCUGUACUGACACAAGCCAUUACCGGCCAAAUGGGCUUUGUGGAGGCUGAGUUUUGCACAACAUGUGGGGAGAAGGGAGCAGCCAAAAGGUGUUCAACAUGCAAAAUGGUGAUCUACUGUGAUCAAAACUGCCAGAAAAUGCAUUGGUUUACGCACAAGAAGGCAUGCAAGAUGCUAAAAGAGGCCCAUGAGAAGCAGGAGAGGGAAGCUGCCAAAGAGAAGCAGCAGCAAGAAAGAAAGCAAAAAAAAGAAGCUGCUCAAGCAGCAGAAUCUAUUUCAAAUCAAGAACAAUUGAUGUCUGGUGAUAGUAAAGAGGUAGAACCAAAAUGUGAGGGGGACAAAGCGGAAAAAAUCAUUUCUAACAAGGAGAUACCUGUACUAUCAUCUCCAGCUGACAUUCUCUCUAAAGAAGAGACUGAUUUAACAGAUACUGCUAUUGAAAAAGCUCAUGAAUCAGAGGAGUAAGUGGGGCCUAGCUGGAAAGCCAAACUCUUUGGAAAGAUGUACUCUUAUUUUACUACAAUAUUCUGAAGCACAAGUCCACAGGAUGCAGUUGUGCUCACACAGUCACAUAUGUUGUGAUUCAGCUUAUAGGAACUUGUUUGUCCAGUGUAAUUGUGUCACACAAUCUUAGAUUCUGAGGACAAGAGCUUAACCAUCUGGUCAAAAUCAGAAUACCCUUACCAACUGUCUUUGUAGCAACACUGAGCAGCAUAAACUUUAAAAUGCAUGUGGACAAUAGAGACACUUGCUAGCAAAAUGAAAACUUGUGUGUUCAAUUGAAAUAAGUCAUGUCUUAAAAAUUAUAAUGGGUUUCACUGUAUUAAAAUAACAUAAUUGAAGUAAAUUAAAUUAUGUGGCAUUGUAACAUCUUUAAAAGUAAAUACUACACUCUUCUGGAACG